CUUUCCCUUGUUUCUUAUUAUAUCUCAUAUUGAGAAUACAAGUAAACCAAUACGAAAAAAAUGGCACGCUCAACCAAGGAAGACACUCCUGAAGAUGACAACAAACUUAUUACUGUAUUCUAUAAAGAAGAUACCAAUGCCACUCCCACUAGUAAUAAACAUAGGCUUCAUUGGUCUAAAUAUGCUAUUCCUUCAGAUAUUCAACCGCAUCCUAUAGUGUCCAAGUUACGUGAAAUGGAACAAGCAUCAGAUUGUUGUGUCUCUGAAAUUCCUAUGAAGUUGACCUUAAAUGAAAAUGACGCAAUUGAAAUUGUACGAAAAGAAAAUGUGUUUGGUGAAGAAGUGACGGAAUCAGAAAUGGAUAUCAUUCAGCAACGUGUUGCUCUUCAACAACGUCAAUUCGCUGAAUAUGAGAAACGUGAAAAGGUUCGAAAGUUUCAAAAGGUGUUUGCUAUCUACGACUAUUUAACGGUGGAAGAAAUGGAUGAAAUGUUACAAGACUGUAAAAAUGAUGAAGAUGAAAUCAUCGUUCGUCUCACUCAACCUGGUUAUCUUCUUGAAAUACGAAGAAAGAUUGCCACCAAACAUGCACCUGAAGUGGAAAGCUCUCAAAAUAAAAUGACAGAAGAACAAUUGGAAGCAUACAAACAACUUUUAAAGAAACGAUCUGCAACAUUGAAGAAAACUACAAAUGAUUCAGCUAAAAAACAAUAUCGUUUAGGUGGAAGAUUGGCUCUAGAUGAUGCUUUGAAACAAGUACAAGAAAAUGGUGUGGAUCCUGAUAAGGCUUUUGAAGGAUGGUCAGCUGCUCGUAUUCGUGCUUAUCAAAUGAUUGAACAAAAUCCCAAUAGUUAUUAUUAUCGAUUCAAUGCUCCUGGUGAAAUUCAACAAAAAGGUCAAUGGUCACCACAUGAACGGGAACUCUUUUUCAAACGAUUGGAAGAAGUAGGAGCUAAUGGUCAAUGGGGUUAUUUUGCUAUGACAAUUCCUGGUCGAGUGGGUUAUCAGUGUUCCAACUUUUAUAGACUUUUAGUUGAAACUGGUCAAGUGGAUGAUCCUAAUUAUGUAUUGGACGAAAAAGGCAAAGCACAUUAUCUAUUCGACAAGAAAAAUGCCAAUGGUACAAUAGAAAAGACAUUCCGAACACAUAACAAACAUGCUAUUACAGAUCGAGGAUCAUCAUCAGCAUCACCACCAUCAUCAUCAUCAACAGCAGUUACUGCGACGAGACGGAGGAGAGCACCUGUAUCAGAUAAAGGCACUGUCAAGAAACGUAAAAGACGAAGCCGAGGAUGGAAUAGUGAUGAUGAUGAUGACGAUGAAGAGGAUGAUUUUGAAGAUUACAAUGAUAAUUCUGGAACUUAUACAACAAGUACACGAACAAGAGCAUCCACUCGACGCACACGAUCUAGAUUUGCCACACCACAAGAAGAAACUGAUCAAGAAGAUACGUCAAAUGGACCUGAUUAUGCAGAAAGUGAACAAGAAGAGCCAUUGGAUGCUAACCCUCUACCUGGAUUUAUUGACCCAAUUACACUUGAUGAAGUUGAAAAACCAGCUAUUUCCAAAUACGGCCAUGUGAUGGGAUAUGAUAGUUGGGUGCGAUGCUUAACCAAUUGGGAAGGAAAGAAGAAUAUAUGCCCAUUGACGAAGAAACCACUGACAAAACGUGAUCUUGUGGUGCUAACUCUUGAAAACAUUGAAGAAUAUAGGGAUAGAAUUCUCAACAUCUAGUAGUCAUUAUAGUUAGUUAUUAUUACUAGUAGUAGUAGUAGUAGUUUUAGUCGUAUCUUUGCCAAAUAUUAAUAAAGAAAAAUAAAAAAAAAAAAAGAAA